AUGGCGACCAUGAUCUCGACCCAACCUCGCCAUGUUCUUACCCCUCUUUCGCCCAGGAAGAGGACCGUGUUAGGUAACGUCACCAACAUUGUUCGUGGAAUAAACGCUACUUUCGAUGGCAAAGGCUUUUCUGUAGGAAAGAAACCACUGGGUCUUUCCGCUUCUUCCGGAAAGCGGCCCUUCUACACCAUCUACGACGAAAACGCCCCUGUCAAUGCAUCCACUCAGACAAAGCGCAUGAAGUCUCUACUGUCACCCGCUUCAUGCGACGAGAACUCUGUUCCCAAAUAUGCUCUCGUCACGAAGCCUGCUGUCCCCUCCCACUCUGCUGCCCCUGUCGUCUCGAAGAAGAAGACUGUCAAUGCAUCCUCCUCCACUUCCUCCUCCUCCUCCUCUUCUUCCCUAAAGCGAAGGUCUCUAGUCCCAUCCACAACCUCUUCUACAUCUUCUACUGCUUCCUCAGGUCGUCCAGCCCUUUCUCGCAAGGAUAGCCUUGCUACCCUUUCGUCACCAUCUAAGGGUAUCAAGCGUAAGAUCCAGAAGGCUGUCAGACGUGUCGACCCACCUUCCCAACUAUCCAAAUCCGGUAAAGAUAUUGAAUCUUCUAUCAAUGGUAGACUUAUCGCCACCCCUGUUGCCAAGUCGGGUAAUACCACUGGAAAUGCAUGGCGCCCUGGCCAGUCGUUCCCCAAGGGUUGGAUGUUUGAGAUCCAUGAGGAUACACUCGAGGAGACCUUGACAAACUUGAUGUACCACGGUGCUGGUACUCUUGACAUCUCCGACGAAGAGGAUUUGAAGAAGUGUAGCGAGCUUGACCGAAUUGGAAAGGAGAACAUCCCACCUCCACCAACUGAGGAUCAGAUCGCUAUGCCACCUCCAGCCCUUCCUAGACGAGAAGAGUUUGAGAUUAUGGAUGAGGAGCGGAUCAGAAGCCCCCUCGGUGAAGCCGAUGUUGAGAUCUUCUACCCUACUCUUAAGAAGGAAAGGGAAGAAGCUGAGAAGCUAAAGAAGAUGAAGCAGGAAGAAAAGAGAAGCUGCCUGGCAUCAUCUAAAUUCGCCGUCAUUGGAAACAUCGUCGAGGACUACUUGAAGCAGCAGAAGGAUGACAUUGAUGUCCUCACUGCCGCCGCCGUCCCGUUGCCAGAGGAUGACGAAGAAGACGAAGAGAAUCUUCGCGAGGAGGCUUCACCCAAAAAGACCGAGACAGUCAAGCCUACAGUGAAUGUUCCCACGAUAUGCAUCGAGAACUGUGAUUUUGACGACACUAUCGACUCUCAGUCUCGAUCGCUAGCUGAGGACGAGCUUUUUAGCGACGAUCUCUAA